UCCCCCCCCCCCCCCUCUCCUCCUCCUCCUCCUCCUCACUGCAACCCGUUCAGCUCCACACUAACCUUCUGUCCAUCUCUCUUUGCCAGUCACUGGUCGCCGCACCGUGUCCUCCACCAGAUAAAGGACAUCGGAUAUCAGCCGUUAGAAACAUCUCUGUGAUCAUGUCCUCAGUGCUGCAGAAGCUGAUCAGCCCUCUGGCCAGCAGCCCUGCUGAGCCUCCUAGGAACAAGGUGACGGUGGUUGGGGUGGGCCAGGUGGGCAUGGCCUGUGCCGUCAGCAUCCUGUUGCGGGACCUGUGUGAUGAGCUGGCUCUCGUUGAUGUGAUGGAAGAUCGUCUCAAGGGAGAGAUGAUGGACCUGCAGCAUGGCAGUCUCUUCCUCAAGACCUCCAAGAUAGUUGCUGACAAAGACUACGCGGUGACAGCCAACUCUCGCCUGGUCGUGGUGACGGCUGGUGUUCGCCAGCAGGAGGGUGAAAGCCGCCUCAACCUGGUGCAGAGGAACGUCAACGUCUUCAAGUCCAUCAUCCCCCAGAUCAUCAAGUACAGCCCCAACUGCACACUCAUCGUGGUCUCCAACCCUGUUGAUGUGUUGACAUAUGUGACCUGGAAACUGAGUGGUCUACCCAAGCACCGUGUCAUCGGCAGUGGCACCAACCUGGACUCUGCCCGCUUCCGCUACCUAAUGGCCGAACGUCUUGGCAUCCAUGCCAGCUCCUUUAAUGGCUGGGUGCUGGGAGAGCACGGAGACACCAGCGUGCCAGUGUGGAGCGGUGCUAACGUGGCAGGAGUCAACCUACAGAAGCUGAAUCCUGAGAUUGGCACUGAUGCUGAUAAGGAACAGUGGAAGGCUACACACAAGGCUGUAGUGGACAG